AUGGGUUCAAAAGCGUUUGAAGCAGAAGCUAUUAUUCCAGCAUUGGAGAAGAUCAUUGAAGGAGUAAAACCAAAGAGAGCUGAGGCAGGAGAGACAAUCGAAGUAAGAGUUGGAAUUAAAGGGUACGACCCAGCAAGAGACAAAAGAUUCAGAGGAGAGGUAACCCUCCCCUUCAGCAAGAGAAAGGAAGAGAAAAUCCUUGUGCUGGCUGACAUCCAUCUGGCAAACGCCCUCGAGGGAUCAGACAUUCCCUUCAUUUCAUACGACGAGUACAAGGGAAAGACUCCAGAGGGAAAGAAGAGAAGAAAGAAGCUGAUAAAGCAGUACCACUCGUUCAUAUCAGUGCCCUCUCUCUACAAAGUGUUCGAGCCUCUGCUGUUCACCGGAAAGAAGAAGCCCGUCUACAUGAUUAAAAACAUAAACGAGAUAAAGAACUAUUACGAAGAUGUAAAGAGAAAGGUGCAGCUGAAUCUAAAGGCAGAUUUGCUGAUUGGCUUCCCCGUUGGAACCACCAAAAUGGACUCAAACGAGGUAUCGCAGAACAUCUCAACGGCUAUGAUCGCGCUUAUUGGACUGCUUAAAAAGGGAGUGCAGAACAUACGGUCAGUUGACAUCAAAUCAACGCAAGGAAAGCCUAUUAGAUACUUCCCAUUCUAA